AUGUUUUGGUCCAAUAUCUCUGCCAUCACGCGACGUGGGAGAGUCUCGCAUAUCCGUGAUUCUGCAGGGUCCCUUGCGUUGAUUCGCACAUUCCAGACUUCCUUAGGAAAGCCGGGCAGCACAGGCCAUAGCCUUAUUGCCAAUCUCUUAGGUAACGUAGAUGAAAGCUGUUCAAACUCAGUCUCGCUGACUAGAUUUCGCUCAUUGACAGAUGCAUCUACAAGUAUCACUCUUCGGCGGGAGAUCCUGGAAGCUAUCCAGAACAAGUUUCCUAUUUUCCAUCUUUCCGACGAUCUUCAAUGGCCCCGUAUCACAAACAAUGGUUCACCGCUGGCGCAUUCUCCGGAGCGGAAUAGCAAACGUCUGCAAUCGGUUUAUGAAUCCGACUUGGAAGAAUCUGGUAACAACGACACUUCACUCAAGAGAUACUGGGAACACAUUCGAGAAAAGUAUCACUCUCAGGUCUUAGAUGCGAAGAGCCUGCUGCACUCAAAAGCCGAUCAUCUACCCAGACAUUGGACUGUGGUGAAUAUCUUUGUCACCGAGGACAAGAACACGUUGUUUGUGACUCGCCAAAGGGCUCGUCACGAGCCGCUCAUCUUCAGUCUACCUCUUCAAGGACACAGGGAGGGAGGUGAUGACAGCCACCUGGGUUUCAGUGAUGCCCUAGACGAGCUGAAAGAGAUUGUGCGCCUUAGUGACGAGGGCACAAAAUCAGCUGUGAAUGUGAAGAUUGAUGAUAAGAAAGCGAGGGCUGCGUGGUGGACAGAUCGAGCGGCACUGGAUAAGCGACUGCAGGAACUACUGGAGAGUAUUGAAUUCUGUUGGUUGGGUGCUUUCAAGACGGCUCUAAGUCAACCAGUCAAUAUGUCUACGGAUGUCCUUCUACGUCUCAGGAGUCGCCUUGACAAAAUUUUCAAGCGAAGUCUAGUUUCCCAUGACAAGAAGCGGAAGACAAGUACCCGCCUCAAUGACGCUCUUCUCGAGUGCUUCUCGAUGCUCUCUCCCAAAUGCCGCGAUGAAGAACUUGAGGAUUUCCUGUACUUCAUUCUUGACCUCUACCAGCUUCACGGUACACCCGUUGCAAUAGCAGAGGUCGAUGUGGACCAGGUCGUAUUGGAUCUUCGGAGUGUCCUUGAAGAGCACGCCACGAGUACCGAGGUCAUGUCAAUACAGGAUAGCCAUCUCUUCCUGGUGCUGGACAAGAACGUGCAGGGAAUCCCAUGGGAAUCAAUACCAGUUCUACGCGGUCAAAGCGUCAGUCGGAUCCCAAGCAUUGAUUUCCUGCUUGACCGAAUGGACCUUGUCAAGUGGCAUCGGACGCAGUCGAGCGACGCUUCGCCUUCGCACACGGACGACCAAGUAAUAGACCGAUCUCCUGUUGACCCUCGCAGCACUUACUACGUGCUCAAUCCAAGCGGAGAUCUCGCGGGCACUGAAAAGAGGUUCAAGGCUUGGGUGAAUGAUAUGCGGGCUGUAGGAUGGGAGGGCGUUGUUGGAAAACCGCCUAGCGAACAACAGCUUCUGGACGCAUUGUUGAGGAAGGAUCUUGUGAUUUAUUUCGGACACGGUGGUGCGGAGCAGUACGUGCGUUCCCACAAAAUCCGACACCUUCCACGUUGCGCUGCAACAAUGUUAUGGGGAUGUUCUUCCGGUGCUCUCAAGGAGAUGGGAGAGUUCGACCGCAUAGGCACCCCGUAUAAUUACAUGCUAGCAGGCUGCCCCACGCUGGUCGCCAAUCUUUGGGAUGUAACAGACCGUGACAUCGACAAGUUCUCGCAGGGGGUUUUCGACCAGAUACAUCUAACACCUGAUGAUAUCCGAAGGCACGAACGAGAAAGCCGAGACGCUUCCAAGGACACCUCUAUCAUUACAGCCGUAGCGAAAGCACGCGAACACUGCAAACUGAAGUAUCUCACAGGCGCGGCACCCGUUGUGUAUGGCAUCCCAUUCUACUUGUGA